AGGAGCUUUCAGCUGCCAGCCUUGGCCCAUCAUGUAAGUGCUGCGGUGAAUUCUUUGCAGUGCAAUUGCAAAAUUCACUGAUUUCCCUUCGCCUGCGGACGCUGUGCAUUCGUACCAGCGCUCCGUGCACGGACACGCACGCUCCGGACGCAAAAAGGCUCCAAGUGCAUGAAGAUCGAGGCUUGUAUUUUGCAUCUUUGUUGCAAAAGCAAGCCGCUGAAGCUCCAGUGCUGCGAGGGCGAUGGAGGGAGGGAGUGAGAAAGAAGGCAAAGUCUUUUGUGCUUCCCCUCCCCCUCAUCAAAGCAAAGGGGAAAUGUCUCAGCCAAAGGGAGGUAAGAAGAAGCUCAGGCUCCCCAAGGAGGUGUUUGAGCAGCCUCCUCCUGCAGCAGGGCCCCCCAGAGAUUUGGAUUCAAAAGCUUGUGUAACCAUUGGAGAGAAGAAUUUCGAGGUGAAGGCCGAUGACCUGGAGCAGAUCUGUGAGCUCGGCAGAGGAGCGUACGGCGUCGUGGACAAGAUGAGGCACAUGCCCAGCGGCCUGAUCAUGGCGGUGAAGCGUAUUCGGGCCACAGUCAACACUCAGGAGCAGAAGAGGCUGCUGAUGGACCUCGACAUCUCCAUGAGGACGGUGGACUGUUUCUACACCGUCACCUUCUAUGGAGCUCUGUUCAGAGAGGGCGACGUCUGGAUCUGCAUGGAGCUGAUGGACACGUCCCUCGACAAGUUCUACAAGCAGGUGAUCGAGAAGGGCAUGACCAUCCCCGAGGACAUCCUGGGAAAGAUCGCCGUCUCUAUAGUAAAAGCUUUGGAGCAUCUGCACAGCAAUCUGCAAGUCAUACACAGAGACGUGAAGCCCUCCAACGUUCUGAUCAACACUCUCGGCCAGGUGAAGAUGUGCGACUUCGGCAUCAGCGGCUACCUGGUCGACUCUGUGGCUAAAACCAUGGACGCCGGCUGCAAACCUUACAUGGCGCCGGAGCGGAUCAACCCGGAGACGAACCAGAAAGGCUACAACGUCAAAUCUGACAUCUGGAGUUUAGGCAUCACCAUGAUCGAGCUGGCGAUCCUGCGCUUCCCGUACGACUCGUGGGGCACGCCGUUCCAGCAGCUGAAGCAGGUGGUGGAAGAACCUUCACCUCAACUUCCUGCAGACCAAUUCUCCCCCGAGUUUGUGGAAUUCACCUCCCUGUGCUUAAAGAAAGUUUCCAAAGACCGGCCAACUUACACAGAGCUCAUGCAACAUCCCUUCUUCACCUCCCACGAGGCCAAAGAAACCGACGUGGAUAGUUUUGUCAAAAUCAUCCUGGGGGACUGAGCUGCUACACCUGCACAGGUGGAGGAGGGCAGGCCUGGUAAAAAGAAUAAAUAUAUAAAUAUAUAUAUAUAUAUGAUGAUAACAAACAAAAGCACCGAUCGCUGCCCACUGAUGGACGGAGCCUGGAGGAGAAACUGACCGAGCAGGAGGGGUCUGCCCCCGCCUCCCGUGUCCUCUGUACAUUACCUGACGUUGGAGGGUCCGAGGAGGCGGGGCCUCACAUGUAAUCUGGAAUAAUUUAAGAUGUCUGUAUGCAAAAAGCUCCCUCUUUGGUCUGAUCAGUCCCACCUCUGUGCACCGCCUUCUCCUCCGACGUCGUUACUGGUCAGAGAGCUGACCGUGUGUGGACUAAAGGUGUGUUUGUUUCUUUUUGCUGAAGUGAACCGAGGUGCAGAUUCUAUAAAAAGAUGACAGAUAUAAUAUCUAUGUAUAAUCUAAAUGUUUGUAUACUCAAAGCAAGUGUUGCAUUGGUUUAUAAAUUGACUGCAUGUACAGAAUAUAUCAGUGAGGAGCAGCUGCAGAGACAGAUCCUGCAGCCUCACUCUGAGGCCCUCCUAGUGGUCACUAAUAGGUACUGCACUUCAACUGCUCUCCCGUGAUUACAGCAGAGGUCCACUACACGUUUUGGGCUCUGGCUGCCUGUGAGUGCGUGUUUGUGAGUCUGUGAGCUGCUGCAUGAUUUGUGUGUGUUAAUGUGAGUGUGUUUGUGUAGGGCUGCACGAUUUCAGUGAAUUAACAUUAUGAUUGUCUCUCAUUGGUUUAAGGGCAACACAUUUCUUAAAUGCAACGUUUCCUCUCUGUGUUGGUUUUAUAUUUUUGCAGCAGGCUUUUGAUGUCAAUCUUUAUGUUGAUUUUGUCCAAAUGCUGCUUGAGCAGAGGCUUUACAAAGCUAUAGAUGGACAGUCUUUGCCUUGAAUUGAGCUCUGUUUCGGUUCCCUUUUCUAUUGGUAGUUCAUUAUUAGGGCUCUUAAGAUUGAUCACAUUAAUCAUUAUCAAGUAAGGUCCAAAAUUAGUGCAAUAUAUUUUUUAAAUGGAAAUUAACUGCAUUAGUUAUUGUUCCUUUCAACAUACCGUUAAGCCACGUCAGCCAGUCCCUGCAGCGAGGAUGUUAAAAAGUCCACCACUGCUCCUUAAUGUCUCAUUUCACUUUAAAAAACUCACAGACAGCUUAGUGGACAAGUCAGAAGUCAUCUGAGUUAUGGAAAUCAAACAUUUACCCUUCUACUGGUCCUUUAUUUCAUAUUUAAUCUGCACCAAGCCCCUUUCUCUGUGGUUGAGUUUAUGUUAAAAUCUUAGAUCUAUGAAAACCGGUCAGUUUCCAUACAGGAAGCCAGUUCCCCUUAAAGACAGUAGGAAAAUCCAGAAUGACACAGAAACAGUUAAGAAUGCAAAAGAAAGGAAUAUCAAAAUGCAAUAAAAUGGAUCCGGUUAAUUGCAAUUAACUAUAGAAAUUCUGAGAUUAAUCACAAUUGAAAUGUUUAAUCCUUUGACAGCCCUACCUAUUAUUUUCAUGAUAAACGUCAAUGAUUUUCAAAAUUUUAAUAGAUUCUAAAAAUCCACAGAUUUGAGGACAUUUUUACAAAGAUUUUUCAGUGGGGCUUUUUGUCUUUAUUAGGCAGAAAUAUGAGGAGAGAAAAUUGGAAGAGGCUUUUACCUAACAGUGCCAGGAGCAGGUUUUAAACCUGGAACCAGUCCAUCAAAGACUCUAGCCUCUACAAACUAUAGUUAAAUCCCUAAAUCAGUGAUACUCAACCUGCAGAUCUUUAGUGAUUAGUUGUUUAAGGCUUCCUUGGAAGAAAAAUAAUACCACUAAAAACUUUUAUAAAGAUAAACACUGUCUAACCUUGCAGAGCAGAUGCAUCUAGCAAAGUAUGUUUGUGUCGAACAGCACGCUGGACCAAUCAGCGUCAUUUGAGAAGAACAAAGAGGUAGCUAUGGGCUACAAGAUGGUAGCUACGGGCAACAAGGUGGUAGCUAUGGGCAACAAGGCAGUAGCUAUGGGAAACGAGCCGGUAGCUAUGGGCAAUGAGGCGAUAGCUAUGGGCAACAAGGUGGUGGCUACGGGCAACAAGGCGAUAGCUAUGGGUAGCAGGCAGUAGCUAUGGGCAACGAGGUGAUAGCUAUGAGCAAUGAGACAAUAGCUACGGGCAAACAACGCGGUAGCUAUGGGCACAAGGCGAUAGUAAUGGGCAACGAGGUGGAAGCUACAGGCAUCAAGGUGGUAGCUACGGGCAAUGAGGCGAUAGCUAUGGACAAUGAGGCAAUAGCUACAGGCAACAAGGUGGUAGCUACGGGCAAUGAGGCAAUAGCUAUGGGCAACAAGGCGAUAGUAACGGGCAACAAGGCAGUAGCUACAAGCAUCGAGGUGGUAGCUAUGGGGAAUGAGGGGGUAGCUACAGGCAACAAGGUGAUAGCUAUGGGCAACGAGGCGAUAGCUAUGGGCAAAGAGGCGGUAGCUACGGCCAAGAGGUGGUAGUUAUGGGCAAUGAGGCGAUAGCUAUGGGCAAAGAGGCGGUAGCUAUGGGUAACGAGGCAGUAGCUAUGGGUGUAGUUAAAUCAUACUAGCCCAUUUCAAUGGCUGCCUCCAGUGCUAUUAGCUGAUUAGUUUGGAUGUAGCUCCAACAUCUAAAAUAAAAAGUAAAACAACACUUAAAGCUUAUCAUGACAUUAGAGAUGUUUUCAUGCUUUUACUGACCUGCUUCAGCAUGAGUUUGUGAGAGUUACGGGGUGGUAGUUAGAUCUAUUGUGAGUGGUUGUAUACACAGCGUAGCCACAGCAGCAGUUUUGUCAGAACUGGACAACUUUUCUUCAUUAAAAUAAGGGCAGAGAGCUACACUGGAAGCUUUCCGUGACAGACAGAUGCUUUUUUCUCUUCUUGCCGGUGUAUCCUGCUGUGGUAGGUGUUAGCAUGGAUGUAGCUGUAGGAAAGUGGCUGAAGCUGUUGGACUAAAGUGGAUAGAAGGAACAUUUUACAAUUCCAAGUGUCUUGAUGAAAAAGUCAAAGUUACAGGAAUAAUCUGAAUCAAACCAUCAGGACAUUGUUAGACAAACUGGCAUAGUUUAGAGCCUUAUUUUGGAUGCAUUUAUGUAAAGAACAUUUACAACCACACUUGUUAUAACCAUGUCUUUGUACUUGCAGAAUCAGGCCCUGUUAAACAUUGCAUUGCAUGCUUUGAUGCAGAAGACUGCCCUCCUAAUUCUUGUGCAUCGAUGAAAAGAUUGCAGAGACUUACACGGUAACCUUGCUAUCUAAAUCUGAUCAGUCGUGCAGCCUUACUAAACACACACACAUAUAAAAAGUGAAGUGUGUUGACGUUGUGGUCGGCUGUUUGAGAAGACGCCCAUAAUCUUUGUUGUGUACUGAGCCAAUCACAAUCCUCUCCACUCCAGGUUCAACAUGAGAAGAACUGGAUUUAUUACCUUUAUUAUUAAUAAUAUUAUAUUAAUUAUUGUUGUUUUUAUUUAGAACCAGGGUUCUUUUCCCCCAGAAAUAUUUACUGCAGUUUUUUAUUUAUUUCAACUGCUGUUUUCCCUCUGAAGACUUGAGCGAUCCAUUGGUUUCUUGUGCGUUUGUGUGUGUUUUUGUCAUGUUUUUCUUGGCUCGAACACGUAAAUGCUUUUGAACUGUAACUCGUACGCCUUCUAUGUGCCUCUCUAUAGAAACAAUUAAGGAGAAUAAGUUGUUCUAAGGACGAAGCAGGGAUCUCUGCCUCUCAUCGUAUCAGCUUCACUCUGCAUGGCAUCGCCACUUUACUUUGUUUCACCACUUUGAGUUUCCUGUUGGCGUUGUGCAACUUCUGCAUGUUUGUUCUCGUCUGUGUUGUUGCCUCUGCUCUUUGCAUCUCCUCUCACAGUGGUUCAAACAGGAUUUAAUAAAAUGUCAUGUUUUUCAAGUCCUGUUACAAAGAGAAUGGGGAGCUUGCAUGUUUCCUGUAUGCAACAGGCCGCAACAUGUCGACACAGUCCAGCAGUUGUGUCAUAUUGUUCUGGGUUGUGACUUCAUGGUUUCUGUCUGCCUUUAGCCCACUGGUGCUGAGUUUCUGAUGCUUUGGGCUGGCUUAAUGCAAGACUAUUUCCAAUCCUAUCUAUUUUUAAAAGAAAUCUAUAGUUUCCCUAAACUUAACACAUUUAUGGCUGAUUACUCCAUGACUGUCAGAUAUGUCCACUUUCCCUCUAUAGAAGUCAGACAGCUUUGUAAAGACUUCCCAGCCACCUGAAACCUGAAGGAAAACUUCCUAAACACAGCAGAAGAGAGGAAAAUGAAGGUACAGAGCUUUGCAGAGAUGCUGCCCACAAAAAAUUAUUUUAAGACCAAGAUACUGGUACCGACACAGUCAGAGAGUCUCGGCAUAGGGGAGAAAAAUUUCAACCAGUUUUAAUACCCAGACCCCUGCGCAGGACUCUUUCUUAAUCCCAGUCCUGCACCCUCCCGUUGGAUUUCUGACCAUUACCACCCGCUCCUGCAGUGCGUGCCAACCAUUCCCUUCCACACCCACCACAGCUGUGUCAAAUCCCGCCUGCAUCCUGCACAGAUUCUACCAAUCAGUGUUACACACUUAAAACAACAGGGUGUGAUUAAUCUUAGAGACUCCUGAGGCCAUUUUGCAGCUUUUUGGCUCAUUUUCUGUUUUCUUUUAUAAAUUAUUUUGGCUGUCUUAAUGCUGACAACACAGAUUUUGGAGGCUAGUAUUUUAUUCAUAAUUUUUCUUUUAUUUUACUAUCAGGACCUGUAAGGUUUCAGUAAUAAGCUCUGUACAUGUUUGUACACAUUCAGUACCCCUCGUGACCAAAAAUGUCCCUUUGAAACCCAUUAAAAUCACAAUUUUUUCACCCCCCAAAGUAAAAAAACCAUCAUGCGAUACAGAGCAGACCAGUGGGGUUUCUUUUUAACCGCUUUUCUCCCUUAUUAGGUUGUAUUUGUACACUUAAGGGGGACAUAUUUUACCCUUUAAGACAAGUUUUUACUGGUCUCAGAGGUCCUGAAAACAUGCCUGUGAAGUCUGUUGCUGUAAAAACACUCCAGUAUUGGAUUUUUGCAUGACUUAAAAAAACCCCUCUGUUUCAGCCCUGCUCAGAACGAGCUGUUUCUGUGUCUGUGGCUUUAAAUCAGGAGUGUCAAACUCAUAUCGAGUCUGGGGCCAGAUUUGCUCCGAUGAGAAGUCCUGAGGGACAGACUAUUUAGGCCAGGAUUGUGAAGUCAAUCGUGGAUUCUAAAUUUAGGCCUUACCCAAGAGCCUAACAAGGUUAACAUUUAAACAUAAACUGUCAACCUCAUUUUCACCAUUAGUAUAAUAUGAAACAAUAUAAAAAAAUACUGACAAU